UGAAAAUUUCUUCCUAUUUCCAUCACUUGUAUAUAUAACCACAGUUUUCCAAACCAAUUCACUACUCAUCUUCUCAACAAAUCUCCAACUUCUUCAUCCAUACAAAAAAUAUUCCCUUGAUUAAUCUUGAAAAAUUUUCAAAGUACAAAUGGAAGAAAUUGAGGUACCACCUUAUUUCCUCUGUCCGAUUUCACUGGAGAUGAUGAAAGAUCCAGUCACGAUCUCGACUGGAAUAACAUACGAUCGAGAGAACAUCGAGAGAUGGAUAUUCUCAGCUAAGAACAAUACGUGUCCGGUUACGAAGCAAUCCCUUACGAGCAUAGAGUUGACCCCUAAUGUCACUCUACGACGAUUCAUCCAAUCGUGGUGUACUCUCAAUGCGUCCCAUGGCAUCGAGAGGUUCCCUACACCGAAGCCUCCGGUCAGCAAAGCUCAAAUCUUAAAGCUCAUGAAAGAAGCGAAAUCGCGCGAAAUGCAAAUGAAAUCACUCAACACACUUAGAUCCAUAGCUUCUGUGAACGAUGCUAACAAGCGUUGCAUGGAGUCUGCGGGGGCAGCAGAGUUCUUAGCCUCUGUUGUGAUUGAUUCGAGUGAUGUGUUGGGUGAAGAGGGUUUCAUGAGUACUAAAGAUGAAGCAUUAAGCAUCCUCUACCAACUCAAGUUAUCAGAAGAUGGAUUGAGGUCACUCAUCACGAGUGGAAAUGGUGAAUUCAUCGAGUCACUGACACGCGUCAUGCAGCGUGGGAGCUAUGAGUCAAGGGCUUACGCGGUGAUGCUGAUGAAAGACAUGUUCGAAGCAUCCACACUACCAACUCUAUUUUCGAGCUUGAAGAAAGAGUUCUUCGCUCAAGUGGUUCGAGUCUUGAGGGAUGAGAUCUCUCAAAAGGCCACCAAAGCGUCAUUGCAAGUGCUAGCGCACGCGUGUCCAUUUGGGAGGAACAGAGUGAAAGCAGCUGAGGCAGGAGCCGUUAGGGUUUUGGUGGACCUUCUGCUCGAUUCAUCCGAGAAAAGGACCUGCGAACUGAUGCUAAUCUUGCUGGAUCAAAUUUGUCAGAGCGCAGAAGGGAGAGCCGAGCUGUUGAAUCAUCCGGGAGGGUUAGCCAUCGUCUCGAAGAAAAUACUUAGGGUUUCGAAAGUAGGGAGCGAAAGGGCAAUCAAGAUAUUGCAUUCGAUAUCAAAGUUUUCAUCAACACAAAGUGUUGUUCAAGAGAUGUUGAGUUUGGGUGUUGUGGCAAAGCUUUGUUUGGUACUUCAAGUUGAUUGUGGAAGUAAAGCUAAGGAUAGAGCUAGAGAUAUUCUCAAAAUUCAUGCAAAGGCAUGGAGGAAUUCACCUUGUAUACCUAUGAAUUUAUUAUCUUCAUAUCCAUUUUAGCAUUAGGAUGAAAAGAGCAAACAAUUGCUUAAGCAGAAAUAGAAAGAAAAACAAAAGAAAAAGAAAAAAAGUAGUGGAUUAUUUAUGUGUACAUAAUUUAUUCUUUUUGAAAAAAUAGAAAAAAAAAAUUGGACAAAGUGGUCCAUGAAUAUAAUUGUUCA